CGCUCUCCGCUUCCUCUUUGUCUGUUUGUGUGGAGUGACCGGCGCCAUUUUCAACUCCUGCAGCUUCACCCACUCAAGUGCGCAGCAACCCCGCCACCGCCACCAUGUCUGAAGAAGGAAAGUUGUUCGUCGGCGGCCUCAACUUCGAGACAGACGAGCAGUCCCUGGAAGAGGUUUUCUCCAAGUACGGGCAGAUCUCUGAGGUGAGAGUGAUUAAGGACAGAGACACCAUGACGUCCCGCGGUUUCGGCUUCAUCACUUUCGAGAACCCGGAGGACGCCAGGGACGCGCUGCAGGCGAUGAACGGAAAAUCCAUCGACGGGCGGCAGAUCCGAGUGGGUCACGCCGAGAAAAAGUCGGGAGGUGGCCGCGGGUAUGGUGGAGGCCGAGGCGGUGGCGGCUACGGUAGCCGCAGGAGAGGAGGCGGCGGCUACUGGGAUAGUGACAGGAGCAGCGGCUAUAGCGGUGGAGGCCGGUACGAUACGGGAGACCGGGACAACUAUUCGGGUGGGUACAAGAGCCAAGGUGGAUACUACUACGGUGGUGGUGGUGGUGGUGGUUAUGGAGGCCGCUCAUACAGGGACUAUGACUCUGAGCGGUUAACAGGAGCGGAGAAACUACAGCCAAACACCAUGUCUGAAGAAGGAAAGUUGUUCGUCGGCGGCCUCAACUUCGAGACAGACGAGCAGUCCCUGGAAGAGGUUUUCUCCAAGUACGGGCAGAUCUCUGAGGUGAGAGUGAUUAAGGACAGAGACACCAUGACGUCCCGCGGUUUCGGCUUCAUCACUUUCGAGAACCCGGAGGACGCCAGGGACGCGCUGCAGGCGAUGAACGGAAAAUCCAUCGACGGGCGGCAGAUCCGAGUGGACCACGCCGAGAAAAAGUCGGGAGGUGGCGGCGGCUAUGGUGGAGGCCGAGGCGGUGGCUACGGACGCGGGCGAGGCGGCGGCGGCGGCGGCUACGGCUCUCGGCAGUACGAUUCUCGGGGCGAUGGCUACUACCGGGGAGACGGCUAUUCCCGGGGCCGAGGAGGCAGCAGCUACGGAGGACGCAGCUCGUACAACCAGUGACAUGAGUCUUGUUCCGAGGUCCAACCUCCUCCCGUUCGGUUGCUUUCCUUUUUUUGUUUAGGGAAGAGAUGGAGAUCCGUUAAUUUCCCAGCCUCGUGUUUUCCCAGCUAGAAUAUAAUUGUUGGCCAAUUUUCCCCCGUCCAUGUUCCGGAGUGAGAGGCUGGUGGCUGCUGAUCCAUCUCCGCUUGUCCCAGGCCCCGUUAUACCCGGCGGCGGCGGCGGCUUCCCUCCCCUCCCCCGCCAGAAACCCCACCGCUAUUGUUCGGCCCAGAGUUUAAUCUAUUGUGACUAAUAAAACCAAAUCACUUAGAUUGUAUUUUUUUUAAGACUUAUUUUCUUCGUAUCAAUUUGAAGGAAAUGGUGUAGGAAUGUAUAUUAGCUGGGUGGUCAUUAAGCGUCCACCAUUCCAAUAAUCACAGUGCAGAGUCGCUUUUCGUUGGUUUUUUCGAAAUAAAAAUGGACCUUUAUGUAAGCAAACUUAAAAAUCCCGCCCCUCAGGCGCGGAGAAUUCAUUUUAUUUUUGUGAAAAGCUGUAUUGAUGGGAAGUUAAUAACACGUUUUUUGUACGAAACAUUAAAAAUUACAAACGGAAA